AUGUCCUCUCACUCUUAUGAGGUUGCACUUUUUGGCCAAUUUUUCUCGCAGGACCUCUCCGCUAUUUUGCAUCGGAUCACUCUACAUAGCGAGUCCGCACACCAGAUGCAUGCAAAGGAGCUUGUCUUUGAACCAUAUGAUGCGCAAUAUCAGCGCGACUCGGGAACCGAACCUGUUUUACUUCGCGUGCGCAAGGAAUUGCUGGAACCAGAUGCUAAAUGGGUUAUCUACUCAUACUUGAAGCCGGAGUCUGUGCGCGUACAUCCUGAAGCAACGGUAAGACCAUGGGCCACAUGCCAGGUCGUUGGGAAUGCCCUCAACUUUGCAUCUGCCCUUGGAUACGUGCGCCGCUCACAGAUAUACAAACGCGGAUACAUCUUUCGACGCGGUCCGCUCGUAAUCCAGAUGUUUCAGCAGGAACAAGUGGAUCCCAAGACACAAAAGCCUGUAUCUGCGCAUGCGGAUGCCUUGUGGGAAGUGGAGGUUAGAACUGCAGCUCCAGUAAGAAAUAGCCCGGAGACUCCGUUGAGCCGAUAUGUCGACGCAGUUCUCGAGGUACAAUUACUCAUGAAGGGAUUGAUUGAUCUGAGGAGGCAAGAUGCCUGA